CUUACGUCAUAUCCAGCGGCCUGAUAACAUGUCCUCCGGUUGAAGAAAGAGCUAGCAAGGAAGCGAACUGUUUAAAAUCACUCGGGAAGUUUAAACGCGGAGAUGUCGCUACUGUCCGAGGCGCAGGCCGACAAGUGUUACAGGCACAGCCAAUGCUGAAGUAGAUAGUUUGUGGAAAUUGCGAUUCUCACGGAGGAAUGAGCGACACUUGUCACGGAAGUCCAGCUGGCUAGCAGAAAAAGUAGCUAGCUAGGCUAGUUGUCGUUAGCACGGGAGUUCUUUGUUUUGUUUUUCGGUGGUGUCUGCGUUCACGAAGAGGCGCUGGCGUCGACGCCUUUUAACAUUUAACGUUAAAUUAACGUUUAGAAUCAUGUGCAUCGUGUAUCUAACGAGGUGCAGUUGAAGUUGGCGGUAAAUUGGAUAUUAGGCGAAACUAUCGUUAGCCGACGAGAGCAACUUUAGCAAGUAAGAUCCGAUUCUUUAACUCCGGGCAGGACCGGGCUGGGGACACGAAGACAUGGGCAACUGUCUCAAGUCUCCCACAUCAGAUGACAUUUCUCUGCUUCACGAAUCCCAGUCAGACCGGGCGAGUUUCGGGGAAGGGACGGACCCGGACCUGGAGCCACCGCCUCCCUACCAGGAGCAGGCUCACAUGCCCAUGUACCACCCCACGCCCAGUCAGGCCCGCCUGGCCACCCAGCUGACCGAGGAGGAGCAGAUCCGCAUAGCUCAGCGCAUCGGCCUCAUCCACCACCUGCCCAAGGGGGUCUACGACGGGGGGCCAGACGGCUCCGAGAAAAAGAUCAGAGAAUGCGUGAUCUGUAUGCUGGAUUUCGUUUAUGGAGACCCCAUUCGAUUCCUGCCGUGUAUGCACAUCUACCACAUGGACUGUAUAGACGACUGGCUGAUGAGAUCCUUCACCUGCCCCUCCUGCAUGGAGCCCGUGGACGCUGCCCUGCUCUCCACCUACGAUGAGACCAACUGAUGUUACACCUCUCCUCCCAGCAGCUUAGAACACACACACACACACAACUACCCUCUGAUAAAGCAAGAGGAGCUAAAAUAUAUAUAUAUAUAUAGUUAACUUUUCUUGCAAAAAUGUUAAAUGUACCACCCAAAUGUUGGCCCUCCUCGUCCCGUGGUCUAAAUAAUAAGCUGGUCUUAAACAGCAGCUACACAAACUGUUCCCAGGCGACCCUGCACGAUCGCCUGUGUCCCUCUCGCCGACGGUGAGCUUGAAGGUUGUCUGUGAGCUGUUUGAUGACUGUGCGUUUCCACUUGAGCUGGUCUCAGUGGUGUUUCCCCCCCAACUGACCGCAAUCCACCUCCAUCCCCAGUUGGUUAUCAUUAAAAUGGAUAAUAUAAGGUGAUCAACCAAAACGCUACGAGUUGUUGCUAGAACUCUGUUGGCUUUAAUUUGAGGUUUUCUGUGGCAACAGUAAGACUUCCUCAGCAUAAGAAUCUCCUGAACGUGCUCUAUCAUUAAAAUGACCCUACACUUUGGAUGCAUGGGAAUAAGCACCGGUAAUCUACACUGUUGGUGUUAACAAACAAAGAAGAAAUCACUCUCCGUUUUGUUAGGAUGACAAAACAAAUCCCCCUCAAAGAUAAAUAUACACCCACAGCAGAUCAGAGCCACCUGAUGUUCGGCUGAUCCAAAUAAGCAGACUUUAAUAUGACGUCUGACGGGCAUGUUUUGUGAGGCGGUGUUUAAAGUAGCUGGCAGCCAAAGUAACGGGCUCAUUUGUGCAUGGGCAGGAGGAUCAGUCCGUCAAAAAAAAAAAAAUGCUUGCACACACUUUUCAUCUGAUCCGGAGAUUUGCACUUUACUUAUAGGACAGUAUCUAAACAAUAUAUUAAUAUAUGUACCAUAUAACCUUGCACUAUCAAUUCAUCAUUCCUUCAUUUCCUGAGAUGCAAAAGUUCUAUAACUGAAAAGGUAUUUUCAAAGCUGUCAGUAGUCACUUAUCACUUUGAGGUAAGCCUGAAGAUGUAUUUAAUGAAAUCUGAGAUUUGGUAGUUUGGGCCUUUUAUUUGUUCUGCUUGACUUUUCAUUCUCGUGUGUUUUGGGGUGAAAAUGAAGGGACAGAGGCCUGCUACAGUUUAAAGAACAUUUUGUCAUAAGGAGACCCCUCUCUGAUUCCCUGUUAAUCAGUGUCCUGGAGCAAGGCUAAUUAGCUUAGCCUAGCAUAAAGACAUAAAAAUUCAACGGUGAGCCAGAGUGAACUUUUGUUAAACCCACCAUUUGAGUACAGAUCAAAACAGGGUAUUAAUGGUGAACUAAAGAAUGUUGAUCGGCUUUUUCUUUUACUUAGUGUUAGCUUCCCGCGCUGAUUCCAGUCUUUAUGCUAAGCUAAUAGGCUCCAUCAUUUAGCUUGUCUCAUACAGAUUUGUGAGAGGUGGUGAUCUGCUCACCAAUGCUAAUUUUUCCAAAUGUUGAAUUGGUUAAAAAAAAGAGGCAAACUGUUAUAUUUUGAAUCCACAUUUGUCAAGUUUUUUUUGUUGUUAUUCUAUAUUUCUUUUUAUUUCCAUCCACUGUAGCAGUAGUUCCAAUCAUUUCCUUUUCAUUGGUGAGUGGCAGGUUUUCUUUCUGUUAUUUGUGUUUUAUCUCUGUUACAUUUGUGUAAAUUUCACUUAUAGGACAUAAGUGUGUAACCGUCGCACUGGUUUAUGUCUGACUGUGCAAACCUCUGUCCCAAACGAAUUUCAGAUUGUGAGAGACUUUUAUCGUGUGAUAGACUCAACAGAGAUGAAUGAAUCUCAUUAAGCUUUUCUUUUGCUUGGUUUUAAUUUUAUUCUGAAAACUAAUAUGUCCUUUAAUCUUGUUUUAUUUCUUUGUUUUUGGAAGGCUAGAAUUCCAUCAUGUAAAAAGAAAUAAAGAUAAACAAUUAUA